UGUAGAGGUUAUGUGAUUGUGUUAUUUGAAAUGGGUAACAAAGCAUCCAUAUGUGAUGAAGUAACUGCAGCUUAUCAAGCUGCUCUUGACAACGGUUCUGAUCUGCUUGAUUUGCUUAAGGAGGUGAACACCGAAUUAAGAAAAGCCGCUCUGAAAACAAAAAUCAAAGAUGGCGACGACCAUGCUACUGUUCUCAUCAUCGCUGCUCGUGAUGGAAAACUGGAUAUUGUGAAGGUUCUUUUACGCUAUGAAGCAAACGUCGAGGCCCGUGGAACGAUUAAGUUUGACGGAAAAGUUAUAGAGGAUUGUACAGCUUUGUGGAUCGCUGCUGCUAAAGGUCAUUUUGAUGUUGUGAGACUCUUGAUAAAACAAAACGCCGAAGUCGACGGCAGAACAUCGAGUAAUUCGACUCCGUUGAGAGCUGCUGCCCUUCAUGGACACCUUGAUAUUGUGCGCUGUUUGGUUGAGAACGGGGCCGAUGUAAAUGCACGCACUAAUUUCGGUAGUACUCCUCUGAUGUUAACAUGUUACAAAGGCCACCUGGAUGUUGCUUCUUAUCUUGUCAAACACGGCGCAAACGUAAAUCUACAAGACAUCCAUGGACGCUCGUGUCUUCAUAAUGCUUUGAAAGGGGGUCACGUUCAGGUGGUUGGUGACUUGCUUGCUUUAGGAGCAAAACAAACACAAAAUCUAAACCGUUUAACACCACUUCUUGAAGCCAGUAAUGAUUGUAAAAUUGAAAUGGUGGAGUGGUUCAUCAACCGACCAGAAUGUUCAAAGGAAGAAAGAAUUGAUGCUCUUGAGCUUCUUGGAGCCACCAUUGCUAAUGAUCCUCAUGCCUACGACAUCAAAAGAGCGUUUCGUUUCAUGAAGCGAGGAAUGGAGGAGAGGUAUGGGAACCCGUCAAGUACUUUGCUUAAAAAGAAAAUGGAACCAGCGGAGGCUUAUGAAAUUAGAACAGAAAGUCAAACUCUCGAGGAACUUUCUCUCCUAAAAGAUGAUGAUCAUGCUAUCCAGAUGGAGGGACUCAUGAUUAGAGAGAGAAUCCUGGGAACUGACAAUACAAUAUUACGGAUCCCGAUACGUUACCGAGGAGCUGUCCUAGCUGAUUCUAAGAAGUACGAACUCUCUGUUGGUUUGUGGACGCGAGCAAUGGAAAUAGCUAUGAAUUGCAAUGUUCCAAAAACAAAGGAUCUUGAAAACCUCACUGAUCUAAUUGCAGAAAUGGUGCAGAAUGGCCACAGUUUGAGUCCACAAACUAUCGAGAACAUUUUUGAAAAACUGAUCGAUGGAAAAAGGAAACUGUCCGAAAAGUUGAAGCCUGGAGAAUUGGAAGAAGAGCAAAAAAAUGAGGCGCAAGAGACAUUGCUUUUUAAUGCUCUAUAUCUCUUGGUGAUGUACACCAAAGUUCGAGUUUCCUUGGAAAUGAAAAGUGAAAACAUGAUUGAUCUUCUUCAAAGAUUUCUGCGUUUAGAGCCUCGCACCCGUGAUGGAAAUACACCUUUGCACUCGACUGUAUGGCAUAAGACUCCUGUUCGUAAAGACGCUUUUUUGCCACGCGUAUGCAAGCUUCCAUGUGUUGAGACAAUGAAGCUACUUUUACAUGCAGGGUGUGAUGUGAAUUCUGUUAACACCCAAGGAAACACUCCACUUCAUUUAGCUGUUACUUUUGUACCAGGACCUGAACAAGAAGAAAUUUUGAAAGAAAUGCUGGAGUUGUUGUUGGAUCUCGGCGCAGAUACAAAGCUUGUUAACAAGAAUGGUCAAACAGUUAUGGACUGCUGCGAGACUGACGAAGCCCGAGGCAUCCUGUCUGCGAAAGGAGGACUGGGUGCCAUGAACAUCGAGGCCAGAAAGAAUGAAGUAACUGGAAGUGGAGUCGGUGAAGGAAGAGGAGAAAGAUUUGUUCUUGGAACCGAAAAAGACCUAAAUGAGAAUGUUAAAAGGGAAACGAAAAGGAGAUCAGGACUAUUUAGGGAGUUGACACAGCAGUUGGAACACGUUCAACCAAGAAACAGAGAUGGAGAACUGAGGGAGAUGACACAGCAGUUGAAAAAUGUUCGUAGACAACUACAAGAGAGAGAUGGACAACUACCAGAAAAAGAUCGCCAACUAAGAGAGAGAGAUGGACAACUUAGUGAGAAGACACAGCAGGUGACAAAUACUGAAGGGCAACUAAAGGAGAAAGAUCAACAACUGAGAGAGAAGACGCAGCAGUUGACUAAUGUUCAAGGGCAACUACAAGAGAAAGAUAAACAACUGAGAGAGAAGACACAGCAGUUGAUUGACGUCCGGAGUCAACUACAAGAGAGAGAUGGACAACUGAUGGAGAAGACACAGCAGUUAACAAAUACUCAAGGGCAACUACGAGAGAAAGAUGGAGAACUGAGGGAGAAGACACAGCAGUUGACAAACGUCCGGAGAGAUGGACAACUGAGGCAAAUGAGGAUUCAGUUGACUGAUCUCCAGAGGCAAGUGCAAGAAAGAGAUGGACAACUGAGGCGGAUGACACAACAGUUGACAAAUACUCAAGGGCAACUACAAGAGAGAGAUGGAGAACUGAAGGAGAAGACACAGCAGUUGAAAAAUGCGGAAGAACAACUACAAGGGAAGGAUGAGGAGGUUUCUUCCUUAGAGAGCCGGCUGGAGGAAAAAGAACAGCAGGUAGACGAACUAGAAGAGUCUCUCUCAGCAACUCGACAGGCGUUAAAUAGACUUUCACGCCAACAAUCACCUGACUGGGUCAUUCCGCGUGAUGAGAUUCAACUGACAGAGAAGUGCCUUGGUACGGGUGGUUGGGGAAUUGUAGUUAAAGGCAGAUACUGCGGGUGCACUGUUGCCGUGAAACAAAUCUAUGACAGUCUUUUGAAAUCUUCCUCAUAUUAUCGGGAGUCGUUCGAGAGAGAAAUGAAUAUUGCCUCCAGAUGUCGCCACCCUUGUUUGCUUCAGUUUAUUGGAGCAACAAACGAUGAACGAAGUCCUUUGUUUGUCACAGAGCUCAUGGAAACAAGUUUGCGAGCACUGCUAGAGCAGCGAUCUCUUUCUCCCACUGAAGUGUCUGUCAUCUCUUUAGACGUGGCUCGAGCAUUAAACUAUCUUCACCUGAAGAAACCAUCCCCCAUCAUUCACCGCGACAUCAGCAGUGCCAAUGUGUUGCUGUGGCGAGAAGCUGACCAAUGGCGAGGCAAAGUGUCGGAUUAUGGCACGGCUAAUUUCAAGCGAGACAUUAUGACGGCUUGUCCUGGUUCUAGGAUAUACAGUGCUCCUGAGGCACUUACAGAGAGUCAAACUGCGAAGCUUGAUGUGUACAGUUUCGGAGUUCUCCUCUGUGAGAUUUGCACCCGGAAACUACCGGAUCCUGACAGGCGUGACGAGCAAGUUGCCAUGGUGAAAAAUCGAAUACUACGAGCUCUCAUCCGGAGAUGUCUGAAACGAGCUCCUGAAGAGAGGCCCAGCAUGGAAGACAUCAUCGGUGAACUGGAACAAUCACUUUUUUUUCAACAAAGUGCCUCAGCAAUGAGACUUUGAUAUGAUCGACUAGCAGUUUUUUUUGUAAAGUGUAUACUACGUAUAAACUUUAGAUUAGGUAGAAAAUGCAGCCUGUAGAUCACACACUGGGUAUGAAUUGUAGUCUGGUGAAGGAAAAUGUCUAAUCGCACAAUGAUAUGAUAGAUGAGGAAUGAUAAGUAACAUCCUGCUGAUUAGCCAUCAGACUUAAUUGAGAUUAUAUAGCUGAUGUUUCUGUGUUUUGACUGGGAUUGAUUCUUUCCGUUUCGAACGUCGUUAGAAGUUAUAAAAAGACCUAAGACUAUUGUGUGAUUUACAGAUAAAGAUUAAGAUCAUAUAUAUGUUACGCUAUUAUGUACAUAUGAAUCCGACAUAGAUAAAUUGUCUAAAAAUAGCAAAGAAAGUAGUAGCUUGAUAGUACAGUUAUAUUCCUCAGUCGAGAGUGAUAUAUUUUAAGUACACACUGCAUUGACUGUUUGCAGUGUGGCAAAGAUAGAAAUAAAACUUA